ACUGUUUUGACACCAUUGAUGUUUCCGGAGAUACGACGUAGAUUCAGCGAGCUCCUUAUACUAUUCACAGAUAAUAAAGAUAAAAGUCAGAAAUUAGAGGACACUGUGAGAGAAAUUGUGAAAGCUCAAAAAUUCAGUAACAUCUCCAUGAACAUGAUGCAUGUGCCAGAUGAAUCUAGUGUUGGGUUUAGAGUGUUACAGGAGUACAUGGAAGAACCUGAAAUACCACAUUUAUCCUUUGUCAGGUUCCAAAAGGGUGAAGUGUUUAAUUUUGAUGCUGUUGAUGCUGACAUGGCAUCAUUGUCAAACUGGCUGUCCAACAUUCAUAAAGGUGCUGUACAACCAUCAACAUCUUUGCAUGAGGAGGAGUGGAAACCAAGGAACAAAGGAUUUGAAUAUCUGAAGAUUAUUGAGUGGGAAAAAAGAAAUCCAGCUCAAGUAGGGUUUAAACCUGAUGAUACACCUGUUGAUGCUGUUGAAGACAAUGAGACUGAUGAAACUGAGGAUGAAGCAGACGACAGUUCCAGCAAUGAUGAGACAGAGCAUUUAAAGGGAUAUCAUCAUCAUGUAUUCCGUGGUAGAAGCAGUCAUCUUCCAGUUCAUUCUCAUAGGAUGAAGAAGGGAGAUCACUCUGAGGAAAAUAUUCAGAAAAAGGAAGGGGUUAUGGAACAUGAAAAUCAAGAAACAUCUUCAGAUAAAAGUCAUGAGCAUACUGAGCUGUGAUUUUUAUAUGAUAUAGAUAUUGAUAUUUGUGUCAUUACAUCUCUUUUAAAUUGUAGAAAUAGAGAAUUUGUUAAGCACAUCAAAUUCUGGUUAAUUAUUUUUUUGUAAACAGAUUCAUUUUGCAGCAAUAUUUAAAAGAAAACAUAAGUAUAAUACCCAUAAGUAUAUGUUUAUAACUUUGUUAUUGUUUUUUGAGUUUGCUAAUAAUUUUUAUGUAUUUCUGUGUUAAUAGAAUAUGCUUCAGCUGAAAAAUGCUGCCAUUAUUGUUAUUAUCUUUACUUAUAAAUAAUAUUCUUGUAAUUUUUUUAUGCUUUUGAUAAUUUAUACUUUACCUUGCCAUAAUAGCUUUAUACAUUUUUCAUAACUUUGUAACAUAGUUCUAUUACAAUCUAUUUGCUUAUAACAUGGGUUCACUUAUACAUCAGAUAUUAUUUGUUUAUAAGUUGAUGUAUAGCAGUGCCACUCAUAGCACUUUGUGUUUGCACCUUUGGGGUAUGAAAAAUUUAUAUGAUUGCAUUUUCCGCUUCAUUGAUUUUUGUCAGAGUUAUGGCCCUUUAAUGUUUUUAAUUUUUAAAAUUUGUCCCUACUACUCCUCUUACACCACUAAUGCAAUUUCAAUGAACUUGAACGGAUUGAUUGGUAGCUCAAGUUCUUGUGCGAAUUACACAGUUUUUUAGGUUGAAUAAUUUUUGGCUGAGUUAUGGCUAUCAUGAGGCACCACAUGUGAUCACUGAUCACUCUUGUUUGAAUUUUCAUACAUGUGAACUCUCCCACUUUAAGCGCUUACAUGUGAGGAAGCCAUCCAGCUGUCUUACCGAAGGUCGGUGGUUCUACCCAGGUGCCCGCUCGUGCCUGAAAUAAUGCCUGGAGGGGCACCUGGGGUCUUCCUCCACCAAUAAAAGCUGGGAAAAAAUCAACGAAAAAAUCUGUGGGACGCUCUAGGAUGGUCUGACUUGAGUGUGUUGUCGCCCAUAUGGGCUUUCCGGUGGCAACCUUAAAUAAACGCAUUAAAAAAAACCACUUUAAGAGACUCCCACUUUCUGCAGCCAUAUUUUCAAAGAUUUUUCUUAAAAUAAGGGGUAUUUUCACAAAUUAGAUUUUUUUUGAUCUCAGAACUUCCUUCCUUGUUUAUUGCAAAUUUUAAAAUCUCCCUCUUUUCCCACUUGAUCAUCGAAAAAAGGAGACAUGUAUGAAUUUUAUGAAUUCUUAUUUCACACCAUAAUACUAUAAUUACAACUCUGGCUGCAUAAUGGAGCAUGUAGGCUUUGUCUUAUUUCAGAUUUAUAUUAUAAUCACAUUUUGUUGCCUUAAUUAAUAAGAGAAAAUUGUAAGAGCAUAUUAAUUACAUAGUACAUAUGCUCAUGUUUCAUGUAGAUCAAAUAAUUUAAAUGGUAAAAUUUUUUGGUUUGUUUCAUUUACCGAUUUCAUUUGGCAUGCUUGUUGCUUAAUUCAUUAAUGUAAAGCCUAAAUUUUAACGUGUUCGCAUAGCAACUCACUUAAGAAUUCUAAAUGUGCAUUCAUUCAUAAUAUUGAAUAUUUCAUUUGUUAAAAUUUAAAUAAUCAUGUUAAAUAGAUUUUAAAGCUAACAGAUGCAUCAGAAAAAGAAAUUUUUCUUUCUUUUAUUCCCAUUAUAACAAGAUUGAAUACUUUCCAUUAUUUUUAUCACCAGUGAAAUUUUACUGUCAUAUUUAUUUUAUAAAAUCAUUAUUUUGUUAGAUUUUACAAAUUUUAGAAUACAAAAUAUUUUUUGUUACAAAAAUCUAAUUGUUUUAAAUGUUUUGAAUAUGGAGGUAUUUCUCUUUGUUUAUAGGAAUAUAUAUUUUGCUAUUUUAACUUCACACUAUAGUACCAUUUUUACGAUAACAGAAUUUUUGUUAUAAAAAAAUGUUUGUUUAUUAAUUGUUUAUUAAUAAAUUCUUCAAAGAUAUUUGCAUGUUAUAUUCUGUUACUGUAGCUUUGUAUUUGGCAAUAUAUACUUACAUUUUGCUUAAAUGUUAUUUUUUGAUGCUGCCAUAAUGUUUUAUAUUAUUCAUAAUAUAUAUGAAUUAUUAGGCAAUAACAGUUGGUAUUUACACAAAUGAUUUGUUUUAUAUUUACAUACUUUUACACAUACAUGUAUAUUAUUUUUUCACCAGAAAGAUCUUAUUUUUACAUGAAUCAUUCCAUUAUCAAGGCAUAUCUGUUGUGAAGGGUUUAUACCAUUAAUAUUUUAAUUGCUUUUUCCACCUCUAAGUAGUUAUCUUAUCCUGCUUUGAGUUUAGAACCUUGAUAUUUUAAUGGGUUUCAAAUAAAUUUAAGCAGAUGACAGUAUAAAUUCUAGUCAGACUGCAAGUUUUGCCUAACUUUAUACAGGCAGUAGAGGCAUAUGUGCCACUAGCGUACAAUGCUUUUAAUCAUCAUAUAAUCGCCUAACUGAAGUACAUACAAUAUACACAUGUAUUAUUGUGAGAAAUAACUGUUAUUUAUGUAGAGUAAUUUGUUACUCUAUUUAUUCAAUUUAUUAUAUAUUUGAAAAAAUAAACAGAAAAUAUUGCACUGGUUGAUGGGUUGUAGCACAGUUAGUUUAUACAUAUCUAGCUAAGUCACAGUUAUAUCAAUCUACCUGUAGGAGAUGAUAUGUUCUUGUGUUUGUUGAAUGAUUGAGAGUCCGUGUUAUGGUUAUUAAUCAGGUCAUGUUGUACUUUAAAUCUGGUGUAUGUUUCUUCUUUAUCUAUGGUACAAAUAUAAUGCUGCUUUUACUUCUUGUGUAUUUUACAUUAAGGCAAGCAUUGGGAAAACAGUUUGUCAAAGGGUUUCUGUACAGCUUCUAGAGAUUCUACAACUU